AAUAAAAGGAGAGUGGUGGUGGUGCCAUAAAAUCAAUCUAAGAGAUCUCUUUGGGGACCUCCUACAAUAAUAUUUAAACUAGUCUCCUCCCAUUCUCUAUUGUCUGUUCUGUUUUGCUUCUUGUCUUCUUCUUCUUCUUCUUCUACUCACUUCCUCUCUGGUCCUUUUGGUGGGUUUAUCAGUAGUUUUUAGCUGAUAAAUCUAACCAACAUUGCCCAUUUUUUUAAGUAGUAGAAGAAGAAGGAUCUUCCAUUUCUCGUCUAUUUCUUUCUAAAUCAUUUCUUUUUCUGGGUUUCAUUUGGUUGUUUACUUCACUUCCAAAAACCAGAUCUCCCCAUCUUCUUCUUCUUUUUAUUACAGUAUACAUUUUCUUUUUGUCUCUCUCUUAAUAAACAGUACUACACUGUACUGUUUUUGAGAUUUUUCAAAAAUGGAGAAGUCCCAGAGAUUUGUUUGUUUGGUUGUGUUGCAUUUAGUACUUGUGUUGUUACCAUCAUCAGUGAAUGCUGGUCAUGAUUAUCGUGCUGCAUUGAGUAAAAGUAUACUAUUCUUUGAAGCUCAAAGGUCUGGUUAUCUUCCUGGUAAUCAAAGAGUUAGAUGGAGAGCUAAUUCUGGUCUCAAUGAUGGCAAAGCUAGUGGGGUGGAUUUAGUAGGAGGAUAUUAUGAUGCAGGAGACAAUGUGAAAUUUGGGUUACCAAUGGCAUUCACAGUGACAAUGAUGUCAUGGAGUAUAAUUGAAUAUGGCAAACAACUAGCUAUCAAUGGUGAACUUGGCCAUGCUCUAAGAGCUGUGAAAUGGGGUACUGACUACUUCAUUAAAGCUCAUCCACAACCUAAUGUCCUCUAUGGAGAGGUUGGUGAUGGAGAUACUGAUCAUUACUGUUGGCAAAGGCCAGAAGACAUGACGACAGAUCGACGGGCAUACAGGCUUGAUCCUAACCACCCAGGUUCCGACCUUGCUGGAGAAACAGCAGCUGCAAUGGCUGCAGCUUCCAUAGUCUUUCGUCGCUAUGACAGAGCUUACGCUGCCACUUUACUUCGCCAUGCUAAAGAGCUAUUCAAUUUUGCGGACAAAUACAGGGGGAAAUAUGAUAGCAGCAUCACAGUUGCUCGAAAGUACUAUCAAUCUGUCAGCGGAUACUCCGAUGAGUUGCUUUGGGCAGCAUCCUGGAUGCAUAAGGCAACCAACAAUAAGUUUUACUUGAAUUAUCUUGGGAGGAAUGGCCAUUCACUUGGUGGGACAGGAUGGGCCAUGACUGAGUUCGGAUGGGAUGUGAAAUAUGCUGGUGUCCAAGUUCUUGUUUCUAAGCUCUUAAUGCAAGGAAAGGCUGGUCGUCACUUGGAUGUUUUCCAAGGAUACCAGAAGCAGGCCGAGUUUUUCAUGUGUUCAUGCCUUGGAAAGGGAUACCGGAACAUCCAAAGGACUCCUGGAGGCCUUAUCUUCCGACAGCGGUGGAACAACUUGCAGUUUGUGACAAGUGCAUCAUUUCUACUGUCCGUUUAUUCUGACUAUCUUACCACGUCUAGGAAAACCCUGACAUGUGCUUAUGGCAAGUUUGCACCAUCUCAGCUCCUCAACUUCGCCAAGUCUCAGGUGGAUUACAUUUUGGGGAGCAACCCAAGAGCAACGAGUUACAUGGUGGGCUACGGAAACAACUACCCGCAACAAGUUCACCAUCGAGCCUCUUCAAUCCCCUCUAUCAAGGUCCAACCAUCUUUCGUAACAUGCCGAGGCGGUUACGCCAAAUGGUAUACUCGUAAAGCAAGUAAUGCCAAUAUUUUGACUGGCGCCAUUGUUGGCGGACCUGAUGCCUAUGACAAUUUUGCCGAUGAGAGAGAUAAUUUUGAGCAGACAGAACCCGCCACCUACAACAAUGCUCCCCUUCUUGGUGUGUUAGCUCGUCUAAGUGCGGGUCCCAGAGGGUACAACCUUGGUCUUCCAGAGGAUGGCUCAGCUGUGACAAAACCCAUGCCUAAGCGCAAACCAGCACCUACCCCAGCUAAAUCUUCUGUGAUCACAAUCACACAGAAAGUGACAUUGUCAUGGAAAGCCAAGGGAAAAACUUACUUUAGAUAUUCCACGCAAGUGACAAACAAGUCUAAGAAGAAUUUGAAGAAUGUGAAGCUUUCUGUAUCAAAACUUUACGGUCCUCUAUGGGGCCUGACGAAGUCAGGUAGUUCUUACAUUUUAGGUAAUUUGCCUGCACGUAAAAGCGUAGAGAUUGUUUACGUUCAUGCAGCUCCUCCAGCUUAUAUAACCGUUGCAAAUUACAAUUGAGUUAGAUUCAGGAAGGAAAACAUAUAACAAGAAAACACAUACAGAUAGGAGUGACACUAUUUUGCCUGGGUUAGUAUUUAUGAGGAGUUGGAGUUGUGCAGCUAUACAAAAUUGCAGUCCAAGAAAGGGAUCUCCAUUAUUUCGUUGGCCUUAAAAAUUAUAUUAUGGUGUGAAACUAGUUAAAAGGAGGAAAGGUGUGAAGGGACAAACAAGAAAUGGAGUGCUCAUCCUCUUUCUCCUAUAUUUUGUUUGGCAAUAGAAUAACAGUGUGUGUGUGUGUGUGUGUGUGUGUUUGGGAGGUGAAGAAAGAAGACCCUUCCGUAUUAUGUCCUGCAAGCUUGUAGCUUCAUUGCGAGGAACAAAUUUUAUUGUUUUUAUUAUUAUUUUUUAUUUUAUUUUUGUAUCUACCAACACUGUUUAAGGUUUGUUGUGUACUGAGGCUGUUGUAAUCUUCUUGAUUACAAUAUUGGAAUAUCAUAAAAGCUUGCUAAUUGGAUA